GCAGCUGAGCAUCGUUAAGCACUAGCUAAAGCUCUGAGGGGCAGCAACUCUCCCUAUUCACCUCUCUCUUGGUACAGAAAUGCCUUGGAAACGCAGAACGAUCCUCCUCUGUGUUUUGACUGUCUGCAUCACAUCACUGGUGGUGGGUGUAGAGGAAAGGCAGGAGGCUGUUGAGUGUGCUGACCUGAACAACACCACCUGGCUGGAGUACCGGCAGCAGAGAGUCAAGCUGCAGGUCCAGUACCUGCUGCUGACCAGGGACAACAAGGACUGCGCCCAGGCGUUCAACGAGGAGUCUCUCACUGAACCAUCCUCCAAAUUCAACAGGUCCCGCCCAACCAAGGUCAUCGUCCACGGGUACAGGGCCAUGGGCAGUAAGCCAUCCUGGGUGAAGGAGUUGGCCCAGGCCCUGCUCAAGGUGCAGGAUGUGAACGUGGUGGUGGUGGACUGGGUCUACGGCGCCUCCUUCGCCUACAACCUGGUGGUGGAGAAUUACAAAGAGGUUGCUGUGCAGAUCUCUGUCCUCAUCAACCAGCUACAGAAUCAUGGAUGUCAACUAGAGUCCUUCCACUUCAUCGGGGUCAGUCUUGGGGCCCACGUUGCUGGUUUCGUGGGAACUCUUUUUGAGGGGAAGAUAGGAAGAAUCACAGGCCUUGACCCUGCCGGGCCCAUGUUUAAAGGAUCUGACACCUUCGACCGGCUGGACCCCUCUGACGCUCAGUUUGUCGAUGCCAUCCACACAGACUCUGACUAUUUUGGCAUUUCCAUCCCUGUCGGUCAUGUGGACUUCUUUCUGAACGGAGGAAAGGACCAGACUGGCUGUGCCCGCUCAAGGUUUGCCUCAAUUCUUGUCUACUUUCCAGUGUACGGUUAUGUGAUAUGUGACCACAUGAGGGCGCUGCAUGUCUACAUGAGCGCGCUGAACGGCUCGUGCCCGUUGAUGGGGAUCCCGUGCCACAGCUAUGAGGACUUCCUGAAGGGACACUGCGUGGACUGUGACGUCUUCAAGGGGAGAUGUCCAACUAUAGGUUUAUCAGAAAACAGUGGGAUAGCCAUAUCUCCAAUUCCCAAAGAGCAGAAGUUGUUCCUCCUCACCUCAUCUUCACCACCUUUUUGCGCUCAUCACAUUCUGCUGGAGCUGGAGGUUGCUCCCCUGGAUAAGAGCGCUGAGGUGGAGGUGACACUGAGGACAGGGAACCUGGGGAAAGAGCAGAGGCUCAGGCUUCGGACAGAUACGACAGUGUACAGGACGGUGUUGGCUCACCCCGUGGCUCUGUGUGAGAUCGACUCCAUCGAGCUGAGGAACACCGGUGCUCGGUUCUACAGGCAGGGAGACAUCCACUUCAAGUCUGUCUGUCUCUCCGAGUUCCCCUCUCUCAGGCGAGAGGAGCCGCUGUGCGUGAACAACAUCGAUAUCAGACGAGGAGCCCCGUGGUCACAUGACUUUGUGCAGGUGUGCGGCAUCUACUAAAGAAAGACAGCUACACAAAAGACAAUGAAAACCCACGCAGUGCAUUAACAGUGAAGUCGCCAAUGAGUACCAACAUGAAGCCUCACUAGCUUGUUUAACGUUAGUAAAAAAAAGAUCAGAGAGCCAAAGAACUAGAUUUUAUUCCACAGAGGAAGCUCUACUUGCUGACAAAAUGCAGUCUAGUCAUACUUCAUUAUUUAGCUUUAGUUAUUCGGCUAAUCCACUUAUCUUCCAACAUCAUGACUGCCAGUAAAAAGAAUGUAUCUACAGUACAUUAUUGUCUUUUGUUAUUUAGGUUUGCUUCUUAGCUCACUCCUGCCUCUGAGAAGAGUGCGUAGAAUUAAACCUUUUUGUAUACUCUGCUUUUAGGAUGUUCAGGGUGUCGUUACUGCUGAAUUCAGUUUGUCUUUUAAAGCCAAGCAAUAAAACUAGUAACUGGGCUUUUCUCUGUUGAUGUUUGUAGGUUAAGUAAUUACAUUUGCAUGUUUGAUAAUCAUGUCUUGUGACACAUAUGACAGGAAGUAGACAGUCACAGAAAACAAACUACAUUUUAACUGCACACAAAAAGCUUUAUGGAGAAAUGUUGGCCCCAUGAAGAUACUUUUUAAAAACACUGACUUUUUAGUCCCAUCUCUCUGUUAACAGACAACACAAUUCACAGUAUACAUGUGUGUAUUACUCAACUCUAACUGUGUUAGUUACAAAAAUUAAAAAAACAUGGUCUACAGGCAUCUAAUAUAUCACCAAAGAAGUAUUAAGAGGUUGUUCUCUUGAUGAAUGUGGCAUCAUGCUCUGAAAAUCAGUACAAGAAGAUCACUUCUUAGACAGCAUAUAUUGACACUGAACCAAGUCAUGGUGCAUUCAGAUAAAUAGCUAAACAUGCCCAACAACAAAGUGAAAUGGAGAAUAUCUACACUGCCAGGUUGCAGGUUUUGUACCUAAAUUGUUCAUAUGCAGCUCUGGAAAGGUCUCGAGGAGUAUGCAAACUAAAUAUUUUACAGAUCUUGAAAGGAUAAAGUACGGAGUAUGAUUUUAAGAGGUUGUUCCACGUCUUAUUGAUUCAUAUAAUGUGAUUUUUUUUUUUUUUUUCAGAUCCAGAAAAUGUGUAGUAAUCUUAAAUCAGUACUCUUUCUAACACUGGGUGUACGUGAAUUGUGAAAACAAAACAU